AAUAUAGAGACAUGGAGGAGCAAAAGAAGGUGGUCCUGCACGGAAUGUGGAUAAGCCCUUACGUGAAGAGGGUGGAGCUGGCUCUAAAGGUGAAGAACAUCCCUUUUGAAUACGUUGAAGAAGAUUUGGUCAACAAAAGCGAGUUGCUUCUCAAGUAUAAUCCGGUGCAUAAGAAAGUUCCAGUACUUGUUCACAAUGGAAACCCCAUUUGUGAAUCACUCGUCAUCAUUGAGUACAUUGACGAGACCUGGAAAAAUGGCCCCAAAUUGUUGCCUGAGGAUCCCUAUAAAAGAGCUCAAGUUCGCUUCUGGUCUAAAUUCAUGCAGGAUCAGCUAUUUGAGGCGGCGCUUGCACUUCUGAAAACUGAAGGUGAAGCACAGGAAAGGGCCUUGAAGGACAUGUACGAGAAACUUUGCCUGCUUGAAAAGGGGAUGAAGGAGUAUUGUCCGGGUGGCAAACCAGAAGUGGACGACAAGAAUGUAGGAUUGCUUGACAUCAUAUUCUGUACAGUAUUUGGAGCCUACAAGUCGUAUGAAGAGGUUCUGGGUGUGAAAUUUUUAGACGCGGACAAGUUUCCUGUGUUGUUCUCUUGGCUAAUGGCUGUCGUUGACCUCCAAGUGGUGAAAGAGGGAGCCCCUCCUCAUGAAAAAGUGGUCCAGUUUCUUCAGUUUAUUCGCCAGUCUGCUCUCCGUUCUGCUGCAGCCCCGUAAUCAAGACUUCAAAAGCAGGCUUUCUUAUUGUGCAAAACAUUUUAGCACAUCUAUACCUCCAGUAAAUUGUAAUCUCUCCUUCCUCGUCUGUGGUUGUCGUUUGUAUCUGUAUGUAAGCAUUUGUACGCGUGUUCGUGUUCUUGUGUUAACGUAUUUGUGUCCAUGUAUUCUCAAGAAAUAAUAAGGAUAAUGAAACUUGGAUCUUUUAA